GAUCCCAACGAUCCAUACAACUGGCCUUCUAGCCGCAAGAUCCUGACAGGCAUUAUUUUCUCCAUGGCGCAGCUAGUAACACUCAUGACUGCCAGCAUUAUUUCGGCAGCGCUAAACGAUAUCGCAUCAGACUUACAUAUUGGCAUGUCGUCGGCUCAGAUGAUCUUCUCGACCUAUUUCCUCGGCCUCGCGUUUGGUCCCUUUGUCGUUGCCGCGCUAUCGGAAAUGCAUGGCCGGAAAUGGGUUUGGGUCGCUGGAAAUAUCUGGUAUAUCAUUUGGAAUGCGAUAAGUCCUGUUGGCAAGUCUGCCAACAUGAUGAUUGUCAGCAGGCUCAUGGCGGGCUGCGGCGCUUGUGCGGGUGUAACCCUUACCGUUCCAACAAUGGCUGAUAUGUAUGGCAAAAGAGAUCGUGGGAAAGCAGCUUCAAUUGCAGCUUUGUUGCCCUCUUUGGGGCCUGCCCUCGGCCCUAUAGUUGGUGGUGUUGUCACCCAAUUGAUCGAGUGGCCCUGGAUUUUCCGUAUCAUGAGUAUCGUUACGUCUGUCAUUACUCUUGUAGGUAUCUUCUACAUAAAAGAGUCGUACACCCCAGCACUUCUUCGUCGCAAAGCCAGAGGAGGGCCAUGGAAACCUCAAGAAGCUCUCACCAAGGACUUUUGGUCAGAGUUUUCUAAGCGGUUGGGUUUAGGUAUUUGGAGACCUGUUCGUCUCUUAUUAACACGGCCAAUAAUCCAGCUUAUUGCAUUUGUCUUGGCUCUCAGCUUUGCCAUCUAUACGCUGCUUCUUGGCACGUAUGCAAUGAUGUUCAUUGAUCGAUAUGGGCAAACUCCAUCCAUCAGCGCCCUCCAUUACCUUGCAAUAGCUGUUGCAAUGACUUUCGCGGCCCAAGUCGGUGGUCGAUUGAUGGAUUUGUUGUAUAAACAUCUAAGUGACCGACGAAAUAAGGGACAAGGGAAACCUGAGUUUCGAGUGCCUUACUUAGUAUCCGGCGUCGUGUUCCUUCCUAUUGGCUUGGUCAUGUAUGGCUGGGCUGCAGAACGCAGGGUUGCUUGGCCUGUGGUUGAUGUUGGAGCCGUCAUUUUUGCAUUGGGUAGUGUCAUUGUCCCGCAGACACUCACUGCCUAUCAGCUAGAUGAGUUUGUCGAGCAUGGAGCGUCUGCCAGUGCUGCAACACGUGUCUUGGCCUACGUUCUUGGAUUUGCUUUUCCAACAUUUGCUCCAAUGCUGUAUAAUCGAUUUGGCUAUGGUUGGGGUAAUAGCAUGAUGGCACUAAUUUGGGUCGUCUUCUGUUUCCCAGUGCCUGUCAUUCUGUGGUUGUGGGGAGAGAAAAUCCGACGAUGGGGUAGACGAGACGAAGAGUGUCGUGUGGAAGGGGUGUGA